UUAUUAAUCUGAUUAUUAUUUAAUAUUUUAUUUUUAUUUUUAAAGAUAACAUGACCUGUUAAAGGUUAAAUAAGUUAAUAAAAUUCAUAAUAAUGAAAAUUAGCACACAGUUUUUAUAUUAAACUAUACUCAAGUUGUAGUACUGAACCAACAACUGAUCAGACCCCAUGGCUCCGGCGGGCCCGUAAGCCCCACCAUCGGGUGCAAAAGGUGUGGGAGGUUGGAGGAGUGGUCCGUGGUGGUUCCGGUGGGUCAACUAUAUAGACAAAUUUGAAAAUGGUGCAUCUUUGUUCGUUUUUUAGUUGAGUUGACACGUCUCUUUCAUGUCGUCCGCAUAAAACUUUUAACAAUUGAUGUUUAAAACUUAAAGUUGAAGCAAUUCUUUAAAAAUAGGUUUUUAAAGUUAUAAUAAUAAAAAAAAUAUUAAUAUUAGGCCAUGUGUAGUCAUAAAGCCCCUGGGACGUUAUACGACAAGUGGCGGAUUGUGUAAAAGAGGGGCUUUAUAUAACUUGAGUGUGUAGUGGGGUUAUAUAUGUAUGGGCUUUAUAUAUAUAUGUAUGUAUAUGUGUGUGAGAGGGGAAAGAUUCAUCACGCUGUGAAAUGCAUCGCGCGACCUCCAACUUUCUCCCCCAUAGCGCCCGCCGUAGUGGUGUUGGCGGUGCUAUGGGGGUGCUAUACCCACUUUUGACAUGAUAUGGCGCCCCACUGCGGAUGCUCUUAGAUGAAUAUAAUGUUAUAACUGGGCUAUUAGCCGCUUUAACUUUUUUGAAGAAUUUAAAAAAAGGUCUUUAUAUGAAGUAUUUAUAAAUUAGGUCUUUUUUUAACAACAAACUUCUUUUAUUCUUUUCUGUUUGUGGGAUUUGAAUACAAAACAUUAAACGUUUUGCCUUUGCCAAUAAACCACUAACUCAUUGGUAUAAAUUAGGUCUUUAUAAAAGAAUUAUUUCAAAUUUAAAUCUUAAAUUAACAACAAUUAUAAAAAUGUUAGGCUAUUAAUGGUCUCACUUAUUCUCAUUAAAAAAGUCAUCUGCGCCAUAGACUUACACCAUCUUAAACCAUACGGAGUGGAGCGUGGUUUCCGGCGUAGAGGCCUUAACCACGCCUGCACAUCGGCCCGUGCUUGGCGUGGUUGAUGGCGUGGUGUUUUAGACAUUGGAUUCUUCACCGGCAUAGCGAAGCAGAUGGUGAUGAGGAUUACAAUGCAACGAUAUACCUAUACCGCACUCCAUAUUUGGUGGACAUAGUUAAACAAAGCAUAGGACGGGUUUUGCGUUUGGAUUCGAUAAAUGGAGGUGAUACAUGGAAGGAUAUGGAUGUGCUCGUGUUCAACUCGUGGCAUUGGUGGACUCACACUGGCAAUAUGCAACCAUUUGAUUACAUACAAGACGGGUCGACUAUCUCAAAAGAUAUGGACCGCCUAGCGGCAUACUACAAGGGUAUGUCCACAUGGGGCAAAUGGGUCGACCUUAACGUGAACCCAUCGAAGACCAAAGUGUUUUUCCAAGGGAUAUCGCCUACACAUUACAUGGGAAAGGAAUGGGGAUCAUCAUCAAGAAACUGUUAUGGAGAAUUACAACCGGUAGAAGGAUCAUCAUACCCAACGGGUUUACCCGAAGCUCAAGUGGUUUUAAACAAAGUUUUAAGUAGCAUAAAGAAACCAGUCACGUUGCUUGAUGUUACCACGCUCUCUCAAUUAAGAAAGGAUGCACAUCCGUCAACUUAUGGUGACACAGGCGUCGAUUGUAGCCAUUGGUGUGUUCCUGGGUUACCCGAUACAUGGAACCAACUCAUGUACGCAUCAUUCCUCAACUGAUAAAUCGGUAAAUUUGCACCAUAGACGAUUUAUUUUUAUACACAAGGAAUACAAUUUUACAUUAAGAUUUGUAAGAUGGUUCAUUUGUAAAGCUUAUGGACAAGAUUUGCAAUGGAACACAAUAAAGCCUAAAACAAAAGUUAUAUUGUGACAUAUGUAGUUGUUUUUUCACUUAAUGUUGAAUAUUCGGUUAGUUGAAGUA